AUGACCAUGUAUGAUAGUUCAUUGACAAGACUUGAGCUCUUCAAGACCCAAAACGAGCUUGCUCGCAACUUUUACGACGAUUUCGAAUUUUGUCCCGUGCUGUGCAUGGACGAGGUCUCUGAACAUCGAGAACGAAUCCAACAACGAGGAUCUCCUCACUCUUCACCUAACACUUCACCACCCUAUUCAUCAAGACGUAUACCCAUCAUUGAUCCAGAAAAUGGUAUUCCAGUUUCAUUUCCUAGCCCAUCUUCGUCCUCUUCAAGUAGUUGCUACCAACAACAACAUCAUCAUUGGCCUGCUCUCUCAAGCAAUAGCAGCAAAAAGUCCUCACUAAAUGCAUCAGCAGCAGCUUACAGCUACCGGGCAAUACCGGUUGUAGAUCCAACAACGGGUCAAGUCGUUCCGGCAGCACAUCAUCAUCCCCAACAACAUCAAGAAUUUAACGCCUUCCAUGGUCUUUCCGUACGAUAA